AUGAUGCCGCUUCACGACCGUGGCCAGUUUCAUACCCCGCUCAACAUCACCGCCAUAGCCGACCCUGAACCGAUUGACCGUGUUUUGGACAUCAAUCUUGGCUGCCACAUAAUUACGCCGCGUGGUCGAACCACAUUCCCGUUUUCAGGCCAGCGAACCGUCACAGUGCUUAACUUCAUAGCGAACUCUCGCAAACAGCCAGUUUGCCAACACUGCUUUGAAGAACAUCAGAAGCAACAGCUACCACCGUGCUCUUGCACUUUAAGGAGCCGAUUUCUGGAUCGCUGGCUAUGUCUGCCCUGCUACGAGAAGGAGAAGACAUCAGAUAUGGAGAUUUCGAAUCGGGUUGAGCUUGAAGAUCACGGUGAUCAUUCACACAUCAUCUCACGAACUUGUGGAUGCGGAGCCAAGCUGAGCCUAGGUACAGAUUUGGAAGUUAUGUGCAACUGGUGUAAGGGAGCAAUCGGUGACAUUCUUGCUGACGAAACCGAUGACUCGGAAACCACCAAAGAGACAGCAAGUGCUGAUGGCGAGGCUGGCGAGGAUGACGAGAAUCAUACGGCUGCUGACUUUCUUGAUCUGCCUGCAGACACACCCGGUUUCGCUGAGAACCGCGAUGGGUCUUUAUCGGUGUACGUCAACGGUGACAGGAUCCGAGGCAAUCAACUUUCCCGUUCACUAAUAACCUCGUGGUUGUCAAGAAUCGGCGUACAACUUCCUUGUACCUGCUGUCACUGCGCAGACCGCGAGCCUCACCAUCAUCAUAGCGACGAUGUUGAUAGUACGGAUGUGGAUGUGGAUGAGAGUGACGAUGACGAAGAGGAACCUUUCAAAACUUCAUGA